ACUGAUGGAAUGUUCAGCAGGUAUAAAUGCAGUUCUUAGAGGAAGCAGUAGACUAGAAGGACCUGGCAGAGACAGAGAGACAAGAAGCUUUCACAGGUUUUCACACACAUCUCAAGAUAGCACUGUGGAAACACUGACCUGACAGAAUGUUCUUAAUCCUGGUUGUCACAAUGUCCUUGGCUGGCUGCUUGGCAAUGCCCAUCAAAGACCCCUACUCGUAUUCCUCUGCGGUGGGUCAGGGAGGUGGCACCCCAUUUGCUUCCUACGGUGAGGGGCGCAUUACGGGAGUCAGAGUGUGGGAGAACAACAACUACUACUACUACUACUACAACAACAACGCCUACAUCAGUGGGUUCCAGCUGAGAUACGGCAACACCUGGUCUCCUGUGUUCGGUAACGAAGUGGGUGAAAAGCAGGAGAUGGAUCUGUUUAAUGAUGAGGCCAUCGUUGAGGUGUCUGGGAAGUACAACCCAGCAGACUACAUCUGCUACCUGGUGUUAACCACCAACAUGGGGCGCACUCUGUCAGCCGGCAUGCCCAACCAAGUCUCCUUCAACUUCUACCCAUCCAACAUGGGCAAUGAGCUGAGGAUCCUCAGCGGUCGCUUCAACGGUGCUGGAAUCACCUCCAUCGGAGCCCACUGGGGAUUUGUGGACAUGGAAGGGGCUGGAAACAGUACUCUGGGAACAGCACUGGAAACAGUAACUCCUAUUUAUUAGGGGGAAAAAGUAUGUCUUGCUCUUUGGGAUGGUAUCCCAGAUACAGAUUAAGCCUAGUCCUGGACUAGUUACUUUCAAUGGAGAUUCUCCAUUCAACAUGCUUUUUAGUCCAGGAGUAAACUUAAUCUGGGUCCAGGAAACUGGCCUUAUAUGUUGGACGGAUGUUUGACAUAGACGCUGACAGAACUGUUUUUUUAUAUCACUAUCUGAUGGGGGCUUCAUGUGUCACGCCCUGACCUUAGAUCAGGGUGUGAUUUGGGUGGUCAUUCUAUGUUCUUUAUUUCUAUGUUUUGGGUUUCUAUGUUUUGGUUCUCAAUCAGGGACAGCUGUCUAUCGUUGUCUCUGAUUGGGAAUCAUACUUAGGCAGCCUGUUUUGCCACCUUAGGUUGUGGGAUGCUGUGUUUUGUUAGCUCUGUGUAGCCUACUGAAUGUGACGUUUUGUUGUUUUGUUUGGUGUUCGGAUUUAAUAAAGAAUCAUGAACACGUACCACGCUGCACCUUGGUCCACUUCUUCAGGACGAGCGUUAAUUCAUGAUCAUUUAAACUGAAUUGAAUGUUUAGAAUGUUUAAUUUUUGAGGUGAUCCCUGACUUGAAGCAGUACAAAAAUACAUCUAAACAUUCUAAUUCAUUCAGUUUAUAUUCUCAUGAUGUAACGCUCGUCGGAAGAAGUGGACCAAGGUGCAGCGUGGUACGUGUUCAUGAUUCUAUAUUAAGCGCCCAUCAGAUAGGGAUAUUAAACAGUCCUGUCAGAGUGAGACACAGACCACAUGCGCCACAUGGGAUUUAAAGGAUUAGUUAUAUCUUUGAUUAAUGGAACAAUCAAAUAUUAUGGGGAGAUAAUAGUGUUUCAGGGUGUUUCAUCUUCACUAUUUUAUACACACUGCAUUUGUUAUUUGUUGAUCCUUUUCUGCUACAUCUGCUUCUGGACAUUUUAAUAAAAAGCAGAUCUUUAAUCACUA